CGUUAAAUUUGAAAAGGCUCGAACUGCUGAACUGAGGGCGACGGUAAAACAGAGGGAGAGGAUUUUUAAAAGUCAUCAUGGCACCCAAAAAGCGAACCCAGAAUACAAAAAACAAGAAGAAUCAAAAGACUCCCAAGCUUGAGGCUUUUCUGCUUGAUUUUGACGAUGAAGUUCAUACCAUUGUUGAAAGACUGAAGGAAAAGACCAACAACCUUCUGAAAGAUGCAGACAACCUUUACAAGACCGCUCUGAUAAAGCUGCCCAUGGCAGUGAGGAAAAUGAACUGGGUACAAUAUUGCAAUUUAGACAAGCCAAAGUCACCAGUGGAUGAUUCAAAGAUAAGGGAGGAAGCAGCCCAAGUGGAACUUGCUAUUGCUGAGAAUCAUGCGAUUCCUUCCAAGUAUGCCACAAAAGAAGCCAAAAAUGGUGCAAAUUCGGAAGAGGAAAACAUUGCGCCUCUCAAGUCUGCAGUGAAGAAAAAGGCACCGAAGAAGGCACCUUCAACAUCCAAGAAGGCCAGGGCUCUCUCCGUCAGCAAGCAAGGCAGCACCAUCCGAAAGUCUACAAGAAAGCCUCUGAUCACCCCUGCUAGAAGUUUUCUUGAGUCUUCAAUUAUUGGCGCAACACCACUUAUCACACCUCGCUUUGACCCAAGAUUGCCAAAGACUCCAGCUGUGAGAAUGGCACGGCACAAGGAGAAGCUGUACAGCAUGUCUGUUAAUGGCUCACCCAUUGCUGGGAGUGCAGAGGACAUCGUCAUUAGCGUUCCACUUGGAAAUGGAGAGUGUAUUCAGCUGCUGGCCCAUGAGAUGGACUCUGUAGACCUGAGUCAGCUAGAUGAGAAGGCCAUACGCAGUAUCAGAAACCUGCAGAAUCGGCUCACAACUCUUUGUGGAACAGCAAAGUAAACUGACUGCACACCAGCUUUGUACCUGUAAUUUUACUACAAACCAUCAGCAUUUUAUAUUUGUCAGCCUCCUUUUAUUCCUGUAUUAUAACCUUAGGUGGCUAAGGGGAGGGAACCCCCCCUCCCCCCAUCCUGUAUGUCGACUGCAUGAGCUUUUUAAUGGCACAUGUAAAUAUGAUUAGUAGUUUUGUAGUUCUCAUCUUUGAUGUACCACCUUUUGUAAAUAUGACUCUUAAAAUAACCUGAUACAACAUCUUUACUGUUUAUUUUUUUUUCCACACACUUUUUUUUAAAUGUUUGUAUUGUUUUUAGACCUCUGUAUUCCAGAUUUUGCAUGAUUUGUUUAGAGACAUGACACAUAGAUCCGUGCUGCAGCAUUGCAUAUGAAAUGGAUCCACCUUAAAAGAAUGGUUUGCCCAAUAGUAAAAAUUCUGUCAUGUUCUCAUCCUCAUGUCAGACAGACUUUCUUCUGUGGAUCACAAAAGAUAUUUUGAGCAAUGUUCACUCUAUGCUCUUCCAUACCAUGAAGUAUACAGUGACCAAGGGCUGUCGAGUUCAAAAAGGAUCUUUUUAAAGCUCCACAAACUUAGUUUGGGACUUGCUCAAUUAAAUUUAAAGUCUUAAAAUCAUAAGGAAGUCAUACGAUAGCCUUGUGUGUGCUAAAAGUCUAAAGCUUGUUAUUUACUGAUUAUCUUCCCCUUAGCAAGAUUGAAUGUUUCAAUGCAUGCAUGAAUUAAAUUUGAGAAAUGAAUUUGAGUGAUUAAAGACAUAUGAGCAUAUGGCUUCAGAAAACUUCUGAUAUAGUUUACAAGUUAUAGGCACUCUGUUUUGUACCAUGUAUAAUGCUUUUUGAAACUUUAUAGUCCCUGAUUACUGUUUGUUUUUUUUUGUAUGGGAAAGAGCAGUGUUAGCGUUCUUGAUUCAAUAGUUUUUCAUAGAAGGAAAUCAUGAUUUUGGAGCUACUCUUUCACAGUAUUGCUCAAACUAGUUUGCCCUCUGGUGGCAGUACUAAAAAAAGAAAAAGAAACUGGUGGUAGGUGGACUGAUCUCAGUAUCAAGUUCAGUUAGCAGAAUGGGACUAUGGGAAUUACGUUGUGACUACAAAAAUAUCCCAAAUAAAUCAAAACUGUUAUAUUUUAGCAUCUUCAAAGUAGUCACCCUUUGCCUAGAAUUUGCAGAAAUGUACUCUUGACAUUUUCUCAACCAACUUCUUGCGUUAUCAACCUGGGAUGCUUUUUAAACAGUAUUGAAGGAGUUCCCAACUAUGUGUUGGGCACUUAUUGGCUGCUUUUCUUUAUUAUUUGGUCCAAGUCAUCAAUUUCAAAAACUUUUUUAAAUAAUAUUUUAUAAUGAAAUAAAUUAAUUUGGUGGCACAAUUAUAUUUUUGUGUACAAAACUAACUUCAAACAUGUAACCAAAACCAUCAAAAUCUUUCAAAACAUCUAACCAUCAUGUAGAUCAAAACAUUUUUAAGAUCAUGAGAAACAUUUCAGUCAGGUGUUUCAAAACUUUUGACCAGUAGUGUGUGUGUAUAUAAUUCUUACUGUCUGUUUGAGUGAAAGCUCAGGUGAGUUGCUGUUUGUAUUCUGCAUAAAAU